AUGGAGAUGAGGAAGAUCGCCUGCGUUGCCCUCGCCGCCGCCGCCUCCAUCUCCGCCGCCGCCGCCGCCGACUUCCCCGCGCCGGCGCCGGCCCCCACCAGCGGCUCCUCCGCCGUCGCGCCGGCCAUCGGCCCCCUCCUCGCCGCCUCCCUCAUCUCCCUCUUCGCCUUCUACUUUCAGUAG